ACAAGGAAUUUUGCUCUGUCUCAUGGAGAUGCUGCUCUUGAAAACUGAGCAGCUGCCUAGCCUUUUGGCAGCCUCCCGCUCACAACUGGUACAAAGUUGGGAUCCCCCAACUUUAAUGCAAGCUCUAAAUUGGGGCCGCUUCUUCCAGCAACUCCACAGCCAUCUUCAGGCUCAGCCAAGCCUCCGGGAAGCUUUGAAGCGACAGCUGAAAAAAAAAGGUCUAGUCAGGUUAAGUCAGUUGAGGCGCUGCCCAGAGCUGCUGGGGUUGGCACUGCUGGAGAAUCGGGCAUUGCCCUCUACCACCCGCCACAGCCUUUUCUGUAGCUUCUUGAUCCCAGCAACUGGUGGGGAGGAGCCCUUCAUCAGUCUACUAGCAAGACGUAGAGCUGCCUCCCAACUUCUCCUUGGUCACUUGGAACCUCCUGUAAAAGAAACAGCUGGUGUUAAGCAAUGGGAAGGCCUGCCAGUGAGAGUCCAGGCUCAGCUGCUGCUUUCGCAGCUACGAGAUGAUGGAGGAGGUGAUGGGGACCAAGGCCGAUCUUCCUCAGCCUUGUUGGACUGUUUGCCCUGCGGUCCUGUCCUCUAUAGAACAGUGGCUGCAGCACUGGUGGAGCCUGGUUGGGAAGUGGAGGCCAGGGUGUUGCUCCUCCCUUGGUUGCUCCUCGGAGACCCAGCUCGUCUGUCAUCAUUCUGCCGCUUUCUGUCUCCCCAGUGUUUGGCUUCACUUUGUGCCCAUUAUCCUGAAUUACUUGCUUCUUAUUUGAGUUUCCUCUCAGCCUGGGGAAGCUGCCUCAGUUAUGAUCCUCUGCAUGGGGAAUGGCAAACUAGUGGUCUAAAAGAAGAUGAAGUACCUUGGCAGGAGAUGCAGGACCGUAUCCGUUGCCUUUAUCAGGUGCCAGAGCCUCUGGGCAGCGCAGUCCAGACUCGCCUAAGACAGCUUAAAGCCCAGGAUGGGGACUUCGAAGUCCGAGGUCUGAGCAUUUGGACUGAUCUUUUACUGGAUAUGGAGAUGCCUGCUUUUGAAAGGAAACCUGGGAGAUUUAUUAUCUCCUGUAAAGUUUAACUCACAGUCACUAAAAAUGUUGAAUGAAAAAAGCAUAGGUAUUAUACAAAGCAAGUGUAAAAUUCUAUGAUAGUUACAAAAAGAUAUAGAUUUAAUAGCUAAAUAAAUGUAAACUUGGGGAAACUAGCUUGAUCUUAUGAUCUGGUUUACUAAUCCAUAGUGAAGAAAGAAUGCCUUUAAAGUGAGUGCUGUUAAGUAUAUAUAGGUUAAAUAUUUUAAAAUUAGCUGGCUGAUUUUUGUUCCAAUUGAGAUUUAUUCCAUCCUAAAAUGGUGGUCCAAAGAGUGUCUUUUAUUUGCACUGUGAAGUAGCUUGAGAAAGAAUGUUUUAAGAAUAGUUACAUUUGUGAAAACCUAAAGUAGCAAUGUGCCAAAGUGCAAUCUUGCUACAGAACUAGAGCAGUUAGUUGAUUAAAAAAUAAAUUGUAAUGUAUAUAGCUGUUCCAGAAACAUUUAAUACAUGUAUUUAGUAACUGAAGAUACAGCCUAAGUGAUAGAAUCACACUAAUUGGAUAUUGAGCACUAUUAGCUUUUUAUUCAUUGCUUUCCUAUUUAAUAUAUUUUACAACCUAUAAUACAUGGGGCACACUGUCUCUUAAGUUAUUCCUGAAACAAAAUGAGGAAGGGGUUGAACUUUGAUGAUGGGAAGCAAGGCAUUUUGAUGUUUACUGAAAAUCUGUGCUAAAGGGGUGCAGUCUGUUCUUGUGAAACAGCAAUGACUGUGGUUUUAUAACCAGAUUCUUUUCAAAUGAACUUGAAAGUAAAUGGGAACAGAGAUCAGCAUUGCCUUAUAUCCAUGUUAGCCUUACAGCAGAGAGUUGUGGUGAAGGUGCACUAUAUAACAGUGUACAUUCUGCAUCAUAAAUUAUAUAAUGAAGUGCCAGUUUGGAUUUUGCACCUAUAUGGAAUGAUUUCUAAAAGGGUGGUUCUAUUUUUGCUUAAAAUAUGCUGUGUGGUUUUAAAAAACAUUUAUUUAGAAAAAGAGCAAGAUUUGUGGUUCUAGAUAUACAGUCUCAAAUGAUGUUCCCUUCAGAUGACUUUAGUAUCUAUAGGAAAGGUUAAAAAAUAAAGUGAUGUAUAUAUGG